AUGGAUUCAAUGAAUCGCAACGAGGCGAACAACAGCAGCCACCACCAAAGCAAGGUGGUCUUAAUGAAUCAAGGAACUGAUAGCAAUAAAGAAGGAAAUCUUACCCGAAACAGCAGCAGCGGCAGCAGCAGUAGUAACAGCGCUAGCAGCAGCGGCCACAGUAACAGCACUCGAUGCACCAGCAGUGGUAGUGGCAACAGUAGAAACAACGAUUUAAUUAUUAGCGGUAGUAAGAGUGGCAGCGAUUGUAAUUCUGACAUUACGUUCAUCGGUAGAAGUAAUCAAAAGCCUACGACCCCUCAGCAGCAGCAGCAACCGGUGGCAACCGUAUCGUCAAAGGCAGUUAUCGGAUCCUCUUCAUCUUCUGAAAAAGGCAGCGGUGGGGUGAUAAUAGUGUCAUCCACACCAGGAGCGGCAGCUGUGAGUGACAUAAAAGAUUCUAACUUUGACGACGACAACGAGUGGGACAUAGGUAUCGGUGAUUUGAUAAUCGAUUUAGACGCAGACAUUGAGAAAACCGGAUCAAACCAGCUCCAACAUCAGCAGCAACAGCAGCACCAUCGUACAGCUUCCGGUGGUGGUGUGUUGCAAUUCCUAUCCAGCCCUGAGCAGUCCUCGUCAACAGGGAAGGCAACGAAAAGUGCGACACCUGGAAACGUCUCUGGCGGCGGCGGUACUGCAGUAGAACACAAAGGGACAGGUGGAGGAGGUUCACCUACUACCACUAUUACUACCACUACGAGCAGCUCUAAGGGUCACCACCACCAUCAUCAUCAUCACCAUCAUCACCAUCAUCACCAUCGGCACAAUUCGAAUAUAAAUUCUUCGAAUAAGACCCCUGGCAUCGGCACAAAUCUUUCCCAAGGUAGCACCAGUAAGAGUAGCAGCAGCAGCAGCAACAGUAGCAGCAGCAGCAGCAGCAGCAGCACCAACAGCACCAAUAACAGCAAUAUCACAAUGUCUUCGACUACAAGCGGCUCAAGCAGUAAGUCCACGACAAAAUUGUCCGUUGACCAUCAGGCAACGCUGGACAAAGGGUUGAAAAUGAAGAUAAAACGCACCAAACCGGGAACGAAAACUUCGGAAGCAAAACACGAGAUAGUCAAAUCGGAUCAAAACGGCACAACGCCAACAACGGGCACUAUUAGUGCCGCCGGGGGAGCAAGUUCUAUUACCGGCAGCGGGUCGGCACUAGGAGCGGUGUCUUCUGCUGCGCUGACCAGCACGACUGCGGCAACCGGUGUGACGACUGCUGCUUCGGUAGCACCCGCAGGGUUGCUAAAUAUUGCCGGUGUCCCUCUCAGUGUCGGCUCCACAGCAGGAACACCACCACAUUUAGGGAACGUUUCCGACAAUACGGGUAUCGGGGGUGGUGCGACUCUUGUUCUUGGCGGCAACAACAGCAAUAGUACCAGUAACAGUAGCAGUAUAGGUGGUAUCAAUUCUGUCACCAAAACCGGCCCGGGAGCUGUGGGAGGUCACACACUUUCCACCAGCGGUGGUAGCCUAGGUGGUUCGGGGCAUAACUGCAACAACACUGCCAACGGGAGCAGCACCACAAACGCGGCGGGAGGCGCAAACAACAAUUCCAGUAGUAAUAUCAACAGUGGGAGCACUAAUAGUAGCAAUGUUAGUGGUGCCAGCAGCAACAGUGGUAGUGGUAAGAAACAUUUAUCGCAAUCUACCGGCGGCGGCGGCAGCGGCGGUAGUUCCAGCAACAGCUCGGCGGCGAGCAUCGGUGGUAGCAAUAUUGCCAAUCAGCAGUCAUUGAACUGCUCCAACUUGCUCAGUUCGCAGCAGCAGCAGCCGCAACAACAAGGUUCCAACAAACGGGGUAGCAGUGGUCACCGAAGGGACAAAGGAAAAGACAAAACUGCACACCACAAUCAGCGAGACAAAAACGAACAACCAGCACCACAGCAUCACGGCGGUAUCGAAGGGAGCGUGGCCAGCGGGAGCAUCCGGGCAUCCAUUGGCAAUGGCAGUUGCAGCUGCGUGAACCAUGACGUUCAAGUUAACGGAGCCCUUCAGCCUUGCUCGAGCGCAUCGUGCAUUUACGCCAAGAGUGUUGGAAGUGGUGGAAGCGAUCAUGGUUCAAUUAUCAGCAACACUGUGCUCAGUUCUGCUCACCGAAUUGGCGGUGGCAACACAGGUGGGUGUGCCGUUAUUGGUUCGUCCACGGGUACAACUACAAAUAGCAAUCCAGCGAACACCCCAGGCCCACCACCGUUAGGAAACGAUGUUGGCAAGGCAAUGAGUUCUACAGUUUCCACGGAUACGCACAGUACUACCGGAACUAGCAACAGCAUGACCAAUGUCAGCAACAUACAUUCCGCGAGCGCUGGGGUUCUGAAGACGCAACUACAAGCAGGUUCUCAGGCCGGUGGUGAAGUAUCUGGCGGGCGGGGAAACAAUGGCAGCAUGAUAGGUAUGUUCAACAACUGCGCUGGGCCAUCGUCAGGUUUAAUUGGAACCGGUACAGCGGCACACGACGAUAAAAGCACUAGUUCCAGUCCGCCACCGGCGAAGCGGCAUAAGAGCGAUCGAAAAGACAUGGUGGAUGUGUGCGUUGGAACCUCGGUCGGAACCAUUACGGAGCCGGACUGUUUGGGACCUUGCGAACCGGGCACAUCCGUGACGUUGGAAGGCAUUGUUUGGCACGAAACGGAGGGUGGCGUGCUGGUGGUAAAUGUUACCUGGCGAGGGAAAACCUACGUUGGGACUCUUAUUGACUGCACCAAACACGAUUGGGCUCCACCGAGAUUUUGUGAUUCUCCGACGGAGGAACUGGACUCCAGGACACCAAAAGGGCGAGGGAAGCGUGGCCGCAGUUCGACUUUGUUGCCGUCUAACGACCUCAGCAAUUUCACAGAAACUAGAAGCUCGAUGCACAGCAAGCUGAGAAAUGGGGGUUCGAAAGGUCGAGGCGCACGUGGGGGCGUGUUGGAACCAUGCGCUACUAGCAGUGGGGUGACCAAAAUUACGACGAUUGCUUCUGGGCCAUGUUCACUGGGUGUAGUCAACAAUGGUAGUGUUUCCGCUGCUAGUGGCGCAUCCAAUACACCGUCGACAUCUCCAGUAGCGUUUUUGCCGCCACGAGCCGAAAAACGUAAAUCCAAGGACGAAUCUCCCUCUCCGAUUGGUGCAGGUUCCGUUGGAAUUGGUGGUGGUGUAGCUGUUAACGUAGGUGGAAAUAACAACGGUGGCGGCAGCAGCAGUGUCACCGGUACCACUGUGAUAAACCCCGGGUGUGUAACUGCCGGUAGCAUCUCCGGUGGCGUUUUUAACAAUGGAUCCAACAGCGGCAGUGCGAUUGUUGGUGCCGCGGGACAGCAAAGCUCGCUGAUAAACCCAGUGACGGGGAUCAAUGUCCAGAUUGCUGUUACCGGGAGCUCGGCGUCCAAGAAAGGCAAAGUCGGCGUAACAGCCUGCGCCAUUUCACCCGUAUUGCUCGAGUGCCCCGAGCAAGAUUGCAGCAAAAAGUACAAGCACGCAAACGGUUUAAAGUAUCAUCAAAGUCACGCGCACGCUGGCAGUACAUCUUCGAUGGAUGAGGACUCGCUGCAGGCACCGGAAUCGCCCCAACCAACGACGACACCAUCGCCGAUGGCCAUUGUUUCACAGCUUGGCAUAGCUGAAGUUGGCGGGGUCGCGCAAACGGGCACUUCAGCAGCGACCAACAGCAACAGUGAGCUGGUGUUUGCUCUUUCUGCAAACACCACAUCAUCGGAAGCGACUUUGAGAUCGACGGCACCGAAUACCACCGCCCCCACCCAUGCAACCUCAGGAGUCACGUCAUCGAUGCUUUCCGCGACAAGUUGCAUUUCAACCAUGUCUAGUCAAUUGUCACAGCAGAGUAUGACAUCUAAACAACAGCCUCUACUGUCAAUGGGGAUACUAGCCGCCGGCAAUGCCACUAAUAAUGGCAGCAGCAGCAGCUCCAUAAUUAAGCCUCCGCCGUCCAGUAACGAUGGUACUAACACGGCACACGACGCUGCUGGCAGCAUUUCACUACAGCCAUCUGUUUCGUUGGUGGAUCAAACGGGUGGCACCACUGCAGCAACGACUCAGAGCGAUCAAGAUCCUCUCAGUAUUGGUGCUGUUGAUGGUAACCCGGGAUCGUUGAAUGGUAAGGAUGGAAUGGACGAUGCUGAGACGAAUUCGAAAUCGUCCGUUUCAGGACCAAUGAGUAGGACCGCAGUGACCGGUGUGCCAAUGCCCUCUAGCGGUGCACAAUCUACCACCGUCGAUGCAACUAAAACAUCACACAGCUAUGUUAAACAAAAGAAGUGUCGGAAGUCUCCGGGGCCCAUGGAGUACGAUGCAAUGGCUUCGUCUGCCGCAAACCGUACUGAAGAUGUUCAAAGUCCAGCUUAUAGUGAUAUCAGCGAUGAUUCUACUCCGGUCACCGAUUCAACCGAUCUGCCAAUGGGUGGAGGUGGAGCUGAAAAAUCAAAAAGUUCUCAUAUCACUGAGUUGGGCACUCGAAAACCUAAUGAUCCACCAGCUGAAAGUGGUAACCCUUCAAUAAACAACAGUCCAACGCCCGGUGGACCGCUGACACCCCUUGCUGGAUAUGGCAUGUAUCCGUAUUAUGCCGGGCUGCCUCAUCAGCAGCCACCUCCGCCGGCUGGAGCGUACUUCCCUGCAGCUCCAGAUGUUGGGUCUAAUAAACCUCCACCUCCGCAACCUAUGGGGAGCGUAGUGGCACACGGCAUACCGACAGGCCAUGCGGGUCCAGGUGGUGGUGCGCCAGGAAGUGCGAUGGAAUACACUAAAAGCAAAGAACCGCCCCUGGAUCUUAUCAAUAAGCCAAACAGUGCUGGCCUUCAACAACAUCCCCUGCAUCAACCACAGUUGCCGCCUUCGUUGCCUCCGCCGCCAAACCUUGCUUCUGCUGGCCAACAAUCUGGGGACGUGAGAGGCAUGUCACUGAAUGCCGCCGGUGUGGGAUUACAGCAUACAGACCAUAAGGAUGGUUCUUUAUUAGCUGCUGGCCCACCACCGCCGCCACCUGGAGGCAAAGUUCUCCAACACUAUUAUCCCUAUGGGUACGUGCCACCUGGUUACAACUAUCCUGGUCUAGAUCCUGCUUAUGGCCCAAUAUCGGUGAUACCAGAAGAUUCCAAACAUAAUGUGGCAAUCACAAUAAAGGAGGAAAGAUCGAAAGAGAGCCAAAGUCCUAGCGAGUAUAGUAAAUUAGGAACGCCCACGAUGAUGGCGACGAAACUAAUAAAAUCAGAAUCUACAAAAGAUGUAAAGACUGAAUCAGGGAUCGGCAGUAGUGGUCAUCAUGGGCCUGGACUACACCCUAAGGAUCAACAGCCUAGCGGGCCAAACCAGCAACCUCCUCCUCCGUUACCAUCGCAACCGCUUGGACCGUACGGUAAUAUGUUUCAACGACACGGAUUGAAUGUAAUACCUCCCAACAGUGGUCCACCGCCACCCCCUUCGCCGCUUAUGUCAACGAGAGAGGAAGAUCUAAGAAGGUUAUUCAGUUACUCCGAUCAGCGGCGUGGUGGAAAUGCACCUCUACCUGCAGGACACCUUGGUCCAUCGCUUUCGGCCGGUCUCAACCUUAAAGAGGAAUCCAACGCUUCCUUAUCGCACAGCCAGCAGUCGCAACAGUCGGGCAUGCAUGGUCAAUCGAUCGGCAGUAUGGUGGGUUCAGUUUCCGGAAAAGCUUCAAAAUCUUCCUCGCUGCAAGGAUCAUCGUCCGCGUCUGUGAAGGGUAAUUCCAAGGGCACGGACGGUAGUGGGGGCAGCAGUAUGAAACAGCAGCAAUCGCAGCAAGAAGAUAAAGAAAGCAGCGUGAAGGUAAAACAGGAAGGACAGAAGCCGACGAUGGAAACGCAGGGCCCACCGCCACCGCCGACUUCGCAGUACUAUUCACCAUCGCUGUACAUGAGCGCGGCACCGUUUGGAUUCGACCCAAACCAUCAAAUGUACCGACAGAUGCUUGUUUCAACAGCACCGUACAAUGCGCCUCCGUAUCACUUGCAAAUACCACGAUUCAAUCACCCACCCGAGGACUUGUCUCGGAAUCAAAGUACAAAAGCAUUAGACCUGCUACAGCACCAUGCCAGUCAGUACUACAACUCGCAUAAGAUACACGAGCUAAGUGAGCGCGCACUGAAAAGUCCGACCAGCAGCAGCGUCAAAGUAAGCGUAUCAAGUCCCAACCCUUCGCAGCAACCCGGUUGCCAAAAUCCUAAUCUAUGCAUUCCUCCACCAAACAGUAGCGCAGGAUUGUCUUUACAGCAACAACAACCAGUUGCUGCGACGCAGCAACAACAGCAGCAGCAACAGCAAUCAUCUAAUUCAAGUGGUGUUGGUGGCGUUGGGGGUAGUGGUGGUGGAGGAGGAAAUGGCAGUGGAGGCAAUGGUGGAAGUGGAAUUGGUGGUGAAGUUGGUAGUGGAGCUGGAGGUAUUGGUGGCGGAGGCGGUGGUGGCGGUGGCAAUGGGAGUGUUAGUGGGCCUCCACCUUUGCAGCAAUCAUCGUCGCAACAACAACAACAAAGCCUGUCCUCGUCCGGAAAUCAUUUGCAAGGGUUAUCACUCAAUAGUACAGCUGGCAAUGGUGGUAACUGUGCGGGAGGAAUUAACAACAGUCUGGGCGGCGGAGGAAGCAGCAAUAGUGGCGGAGGCACAGGAACCGAUAGUUGUGUGGCGAAGGAUCACGGAAGUAGUAAUGUUGGGGGUAGCUCCCAGCAUCAAUCAUCGGGCGGUGGUGGUGGUAAUGGCACAAGAAGUCCACCACCACAACGACACGUUCAUACGCACCACCAUACUCACGUUGGUUUGGGGUAUCCGAUGUUUCAGGCACCUUACGGAGCGGUAUUAACGAGUCCACAGGCGGCUGCCGUCACCGUACUAAAUCCUUUCCAGACGGGACCACCAACCAAGUGAAAGUAAACGCCAGAGGCAAUUCAGUGGCUAACCAAGUGAAACAGGCACGCGACCAAUUGAUCGUCGCCGCAGUUGUGUGAUAUUAGAACGAGAGUUACGUGGAAACAAUGGUCUCUUUCUCACUAUCUUCCUGACGAAGACAAGAGCCACAUCAAUAAAAAAAAAGGCCAGAAUCGUGCCAAUACAUGUCGAUCUACGAAACACGUCGUUCUUCUAAACCCUACUAUAAUUGAUUAAUUAGUUACGACAAGUAAUUGUCAGUUCAUAGAAUGUAGCGUAAUCAUCAGGACUGUAGCGGCAGAGUAAUUGAUUCGCGUAACAGGGAAACGAUCCUUAGCUUACUUUGUUCAACAACCCUGAUGGUGUGAUAAGUCCGCGAGCGAGGAUGAGCAUAUAUUAGCAAGUGAGAGAACAUUGUCAAAGUGAAAAAAGAACACGUCGUCGUCGAGACUUAGGAAGAAGAAACGCUGCUAACCAUAGAGCUUUGUUCUUUUUUUAUUGUUUUGAAUGAAGGAGGUACUGUUUUCAGUUUUGCCAGCAUGAUCAACGUCAAUAGUUAUUGUUCACAUGCGGUUAACAAGCAAAACCUGCGGUGAACGCUGUUAAUCCGAUUAUUGUGCAUUCAAUUGGUAAACAGAACGAUGAGUAGCGACGACGAGAAAAACGGAAACCGUGGUGGUUCGGAAGAAGAAUGCGUUUUAAUCAAAUCAAGCUCUAAUGUCUUAGAAAAGUCUAGCUCUUACUUAAGAUCGAUGUUAUAAAACAGCAAAGGCGUUAAAUAUACUCCAACUACAGGGGCGUCGACGUGUAUAUUUUGUAGAAUUGUAAAUGAAAUUUCUUUCCGAUAUAACGCACUGACGGUGAUACCGACGAGUAUUAUUCGUACAGAGGAGAAAAGAAAAACAACGCGUCGCGACACGAGAAGAAAAAGGAAGUCAAGAUUAUAAACAUCGGUACACGAUGAAACGAAAAAGAAAUCUACUUACUAAAUCGUUGUUAAACACAUUUUAGAAAUAGUAAGCUAAUAAGAAAAGAUUGGAUAAGUAAAAAGACCUAGAACAGGCGACGAAAGGAUGUCGAAUGGUGUGGAGAUGUAGAUGUAGAGAGAGAGAGAGAGAAAUGAGAGAAUAAGGUGUCUGCUGGAGGCAAAACACAAAUGCACAACAGUUUUUGAUAGGAGUUCUGCAUCGUUUAGGAGGCGUUGUAAUAUAUUUUUGUACAAAAUCUAAUAAUUAAGUUAUAUUGAAACAAGUAGGCGUCGUACAAAAUUGUUCUUCGAGCAAUUGAAAAGCGCGGAAUGUGCGAGUUUUUAGAUGUAAAUUUUUGUAGAAAAUAGCUUUAGGACGAAGGAUUGCCUCCCUUGCACAGUUGAGAAACGUCGAGAAAAGCGCACAGUUCCUCGUUCUUGUCGAUAAGGGUGAGCGCGCAGCAAAAAAAAUAAAUAAAUAACGGUAAAACGUCUGGAAAAGAAUUUAAGUAUGCUGAAAAAGGGAAGAAUGGGCAGAUACGUCGCGUGAAACAUUUGAGUCUUUCUUGCUGAAGGUUGGAGACAUACCUGACACGAAACUGUGUAUGAAAACAAAAGCUUGUUCAUAUCGAGGGUUUACCAACAUCAUUCGCUUUUGCUAACUAACCCAAAACGAAGGGUUGCAUGGAUGCGAGCUGAGCACAGGGCGCAAAAUGUCUGCCCAUUGUACAUGCUACCACACUAUUUUCAUCUUAUAAAUUUUAAUUUUCCGUUACUAGGUUGCGCUAAUUUCUACAAGACCACGUCCUUGUAGGCACAUUUAUUUGCCGAUACGAACGGUGGCGUAUGCUACCAAAAAAUUGCGAAAAAGGAAAGGAAAACUGCUAACUUGCCUGAAUACACACUUUGUUUUGGCACCAUUUUGUAUGGUGCAGCUUUAUGAGAUUUAUAACAUGCUCGAUGUUAUUUCAAACAAUAUUAGUAGGCUUUUUGUGUUAUGCAAGUUUUUUUCCCAAAAUGUAUGCGUUGCUUGAUUUUGUGUAGCAAAUUCACGAACAUGCUUUCAAAGCGCUGUUUCGGGGUAGGAGCUAAAACGUGAUAUUCCAUCACUUUUCGCAAUUUAAAAAACCGUUGGUUGGCAGCGUUAGUGUAUGAUAAUAGUGUCAGCUCUCCUUUUUUUUGGAUACUAAACGUUGUCACCCUUGCCGGCGUGAGGUCACAGUAUCAUGCGCCUCCUUCGACUCCAUUGAUGCGUAUAAAAAAUGGAUAGUACGAAAGCAUAAGAAACCCCAAACACGGUAGCAAAAGAAAAUUCGGGUAUUAUUGAGGAAACGAGAAACAAAACACAUAUGAAAAUGUAAAACGUGCCGUGUUCUCCCUUCUAUAUCAUUAAGCUUCUAGAAGCAAAGUGUGAGUAUAAAAUAAUGGUACUAUUAUUGAUUAUGAUGAUAAUAAUUAUAAUAUUAAUUGGAUCUAGUUUGAUAACGAAUAUGGUACACAAAAAAGAACACGCAACUGAGUGUAGCUUAUAAAUAUUCGCAAAUGGAUAAAGGAAACAGACAGAAAAACACAAAAUCUGCUAUAUGUGAAAUAAGCAUCAAUACACACACAUAUAUAUAUAUAUAUAAAUAUAUAUAUAUACAUAAAAUCAUACCUUACAUAAUUUAGGAGGGUACAUUCCGUGUAUUGGAAAAAUACAGUCAUAAAACGAGCAUGGAAAAUAAACCGAAGCAAAAU